UGGAAUAAUGGAUCAUGCGUUAGAUGGUGACGGAGCCAUUAACUUGUCCACUUCCCAGCGACCAUCAGCGUCGACCACGCCGUCGACAGGCCCCGAUUGCGAGUCUUACGACCAGUCCUCUUCAUUGGAAAGAGCUUUAAAGGAACAGCAACAAUCAGACUUGAACCGUUCCGCUUGGGAUUGCGGUGACACCUCAGUGGAGCAAGAGAAUCCUGUCUCUCAAACCCAGCAGCAACCUCAACAAGUACACUUACAGUCCCAACAACCCCAGCAGCAACAAUCUCAGCAACAGCAGGGACAAGGACCCCAGCAACCUUCCUCUGUUGCCGACAACCCACCUCCCGUGGAAGCAGUCCCGAAUUCCGUUCACAGUUCGAACGGGACCCCGGCUCCUUCUCAGUGCUCUCCGACUACCCGCCCUCGGAUGUCGCCGUGCGCGCAGCAACAGCAGCAUGCACAACAGUCGCAGCAGACAUCGGGCGCGAAGCAGCAGCACAUGCUGCAGCACGUUCUGGGACCUGCGCAACUGCAAUCGCUGAUGAAGCAACACUCCAUGUUUUUGCAUCAGCAGCACCAGUUACCAUUGCAGCAACAACACCAGCAGCAAUUUGCGGAAUUAAGUCGCAAGAAGCUGGAACAAGUUAUGCAGCAAAUCCAGGAGCAGUUACAGCUCAACGUAAUGCAGCAGACACACAUCUUACAAUCGGGCGGUGAUAAAAAGAAGAAUUCUGCGCCUCUCCAGCAGUUGGCAGUGCAACAACAGCAUCUCAUCCAGCAGUUUCAAAUUGUGCAACGACAGUACCUUAUGCACCAGGGAAUUGGUCUUCCGCCUAUGAUGUUGGCGCAGGUUCAAGCCCAAGCGCAAGCACAAGGAACAGGUAUAUCAUCAUUUGAUGUUAUUAGCCCAUGGAAGGACGGUGGAUCGGCGGAAAAUAUACCUGCCCCUCUCAUGCAUGGCUCAGCAGACAUCAAUGGCUUGCUGAAUUCUAUAGCGUUCGGUGGCCUGGAAGACCGUUCCGAUUCCUGCUCUGACAAAAUGCAUCCCCUAUUUGGGCAUGGUGUGUGCAAAUGGCCCGGUUGUGAAGUGAUAUGCGAUGACCCCCAAGCUUUCAUUAAGCAUUUGAAUACUGAACACAACCUAGACGACAGGUCCACGGCCCAAGCCCGCGUCCAAAUGCAAGUGGUGUCGCAACUCGAAUUGCAACUUCAAAAAGAGAGGGAUCGUCUCCAAGCGAUGAUGCACCAUCUGCACAUCGCGAAACAAUUAUCAGCUCUGGAAGUUAAGUCCGAUGGACGGAUGCCUGCGAUGCUGGGACAAGGUUCCUCAUUUCUCACGAGUCCGGGGGCCGGCGGAGCUCCUCCAUCGAUGCCGGGAAUGGUCUCGACGGGACGAUCGCCGGCGUUGCCCGCGUCGCCGAAUAUGUCUGGACCUAUACGAAGACGUAUUAGUGAUAAAUCAGCUUUAUCGUUGGCAGGAGGAUUGCCCUAUAUGUUGGAAAGGGCAGGGUUGGAUGUGCAGCAAGAAAUUCAACGGAAUCGAGAAUUUUACAAGAACGCUGAUGUAAGACCGCCGUUUACAUAUGCUUCUCUAAUUCGACAGUCAAUAAUCGAAUCUCCAGAUAAGCAGUUAACCCUCAACGAGAUUUACAACUGGUUCCAGAAUACAUUUUGCUACUUUAGGCGUAACGCAGCGACUUGGAAGAACGCAGUGCGACACAACCUGUCGCUUCACAAAUGUUUCAUGCGUGUGGAGAACGUUAAGGGUGCGGUCUGGACCGUGGACGAGGUUGAAUUCUAUAAGCGGCGACCGCAGCGCUGUUCAGCGGGCGCUGGCGCUUCGAACUCGGCCGCCGGCGGGAUGAUCACUUCGGCGGGGGUCGGGUCAGGGGGUGUGCAGUCUAAAAGUCCGACGACUAUUCACAGUCCUACUUUUUAUGGAGAAACCCUAAGUGCUAAUCUUCAGGCCGCGUUGAUGGAAGAGAGUAACAUGGCAUUUCUGACAGCGCCGUACCUAGGCGCGCGGUUGGACAAACCGCGUGGCCACUCCGAGUCGCCCGCCACUUCGCCGCCGAUGUCCGACCACAGGUCACCGCUGAACGGUUCUCUUCAAAUCAAACAAGAAGGCCUAGAUCGCGAAGCGGAAAUGCGAGAAGCGGCCGCGGAAGCAGAAGCCGAUUAUGAACAUGACGCAGAGCUUGCCGAAAAUUUAGCUGCGAUGGAGCAGCAACAGAAUUUGAUGCAUAGGCACCAACAGCAGCAGCACACACACCCUGAGGAUAAUACGCCUUAGUGGUCCAUGGAGCAAAUAACACUUAAUGCGGUCCAAGCACAGGAUAGAUGGGGUAUUCGCUAUUGAAUACACGAAACAGCUCAUUUAAUCAAGAUCCGCUACACUGCAUUAGUGGCAGAUGGAAUAUCUUAUAUGUUUUAUAGUUUUUUAAUUGAGAUCUCAUAGGGAACGAAGAAGGCGAUCAUCAAAUAUCAAUAAAAUAUAUUUACUUGUUUUAUAUAAGUUUGGCUUUACUUUUCUCCACAUAGAAAUUGUUCUAUAAAGUCAAUUUUCAAAUGGCAUUUUUCUACCAUUACCAAACGUAGAAAUUGGUAUGCACAUUGUUUGCUACUGACCAAUUAUAAAAUAUCUAAAACAUG